AAGACAAAAAUUACGAAUAUUCCUGAUGGAAAACAAGCAUACUUCCUCGUCAGAAAUACAAACGGACAGAUCCUUCAGUAGCAAAACUUCUGUUAAUGAUUUCGAGAAUAGAAACGAAAGUUCAGAGGAUUAUGAAAAUGAACAAGAUCAGAAAGUUCGAGACGAACUUAAUUUAACUUUGGAUCUUCCAAAUGUAGAAACUACUGAGAAUGGUGAUAUUUUGUAUGAUAAUACGUUUGAAAAAUUAUCAGCUGUAUUAGAACCAGAGAAUUUGCCAUCAACAAAUACAAAUUAUGAAGAAUUUGAGAACAAUGAAAUUGAAGAAUCCGAAUAUAUAAAUUAUUUCUAUAUUUCUAUUCUCAGUCAUGUCCUUCGAGAGCGUAUUAAUUCAUUAAACGAAUUGAUGGUGUAUUUAAGAGAGGAAUUAAAAAAAGAAGCUACUCUCUGGAGAAAAGAAAGGGAAGAGUUUCAAAGGUUACGAGAACAAAGUGAUAUUUUAGCAUUAGAAGAAGCUAAUGCGGCUGCACGUGCAGCUGCAUCUGCAUACGCAGCAGAAUCACCUCUUUCUAAUGACAUAGACUGUAUCAUAGAUAUAACAUCGGAGCAAGCGUUAACAGAACUUACAAUAUUAGAAUAUGAGAAGAAGCUUGCGAAAUAUCAGGAUGCUUUAGCAUUAGCUCAAGCAGAAAAACGUUAUAACAUGCAUCGUCAAGUGGUUGCCAAAGCUUACGAACGAAGAUUGGCAGAAAUCGAACAACUGUGUAACGAAGAGUUGAAAAAGAUUCAACAAAAUGCAAGUAAUUUGCAACCGCUUAGAGAAAUGAUGUCGCAAUGGCAUACGGUUAACAGAAAUCAUGGGGAUAUGCCACAAGAAUACAAUUUCAACAUAACGGAGAGCAAAACUAAUACAGAUUGUGCGAUAAGAGAAUAUUCUAACUUCGAAGAAGCAAAUUUGAUGCCACAGAUUUUAGUGACUAGAUUUAACAGCAAUGAUCUUUCCAAAGGCGAUGAAUUUUAGCCAAAUAUUAAUAUUGUAAAUCAAGUUUAUAAGAUCAAGUAGAUACGAUAUUAGGAUAA